AUUCCGUCACAGACAGCAUCUGUCUGCCUUAAGCAGCUGCCACGCAAUCAUUCUUCACCACCGUGACCCAGCCACCUCUGGACUCGCCUGCACAAAGAUGUAGCAGAAAAAUCAAGUCAAAGCCAAUAAUUACAGAAUCCUUGUUCAUCUUCAAAAUCUCGGAUAGCGAUACAGAGAUACCCAUUUGAACAGAGAUUCUUCCACAAUGGCUUGGUUCAGAAGCUUAAUCCGAGUCACAGGUAUCAAAUCCAGAAAUAGAGCGCCGAACACGUUUUCAUUGGCUUCUCUGGCGAGCCUGAGCACCUGCACCGAAGCCACCAAUAAGUACUCUGGCCUGGGGCCGACGGUGCCCUCGGAGAAGCCGAGGGUGGUUGUGGUGGGCUCCGGGUGGGCAGCUUGCAGGCUCAUGAAGGGCCUCGACACCAACCUCUACGACGUCGUCUGCGUGUCUCCUCGGAACCACAUGGUCUUCACGCCCCUCCUGGCCUCCACAUGCGUGGGGACCCUGGAGUUCAGGUCCGUUGCCGAACCCAUCAGCAGGAUCCAACCCGCCAUCUCUCGCGAACCCGGGUCCUACUUCUUCUUGGCCAAUUGUACUGGCAUCGAUGGCGAUAAUCAUUCGGUGCAUUGUGAGACUGUUACUGAUGGACCAGACACCUUGGAUCCGUGGAAGUUUAAGAUUGCAUAUGACAAAUUGGUUAUUGCUUUGGGGGCACAGCCCUUAACUUUUGGAAUCCAAGGGGUGAAAGAACAUGCGAUUUUUCUUCGGGAAGUUUACCAUGCCCAGGAAAUUCGUAGGAAGCUGCUCCUAAACUUGAUGUUGUCUGACGUGCCUGGCAUUUCAGAGGAAGAGAAAAGCAGACUUCUACACUGUGUUGUUGUGGGAGGUGGUCCCACGGGAGUUGAGUUCAGUGGUGAACUAAGUGAUUUUAUCACAAAAGAUGUUCGCCAAACACAUGCGCAUGUGAAAGACUAUAUCCACGUUACUUUGAUUGAGGCAAACGAGAUAUUAUCUUCCUUUGAUGAUCGCCUCAGGCAUUAUGCUACUAAACAGUUGACAAAGUCAGGAGUUCGUCUUGUCCGUGGAAUAGUCAAGGAUGUUAAAGCUCAGAAGUUAGUUCUUAAUGAUGGCACAGAGGUUCCAUAUGGGCUGCUAGUGUGGUCUACGGGUGUUGGUCCCUCUCCUCUUGUUAACUCUAUGGAGCUUCCAAAAUCUCCAGGUGGAAGGAUUGGUGUUGACGAGUGGCUACACGUUCCUUCCAUGCAGGAUGUGUUUGCGAUUGGUGAUUGCAGUGGGUUUCUUGAAAGUACUGGAAAACCAACCCUUCCGGCUUUGGCUCAGGUUGCAGAGCGGCAAGGGAAAUAUCUAUCACAUCUAUUAAAUAGGAUUGGUAAAGCUGGUGGAGGUCAUGCCAACGGUACAAAUGGCAUGGAACUCGGAGAUCCAUUUGUUUACAAGCAUCUAGGAAGCAUGGCAACCAUUGGCAGAUACAAGGCUCUCGUAGAUCUUAGGCAGAGCAAGGAGGCCAAAGGAUUAUCCAUGGCAGGAUUUGUGAGUUGGUUUAUUUGGCGCUCAGCAUAUCUGACUCGUGUUUUGAGCUGGAGGAACAGAUUUUAUGUGGCAAUCAACUGGCUUACAACCUUCGUGUUUGGUCGUGAUAUUAGCAGAAUCUAGAUUUUGUAAUUAAAGGUCAGCAGCCAUGGCACGUUUCCUUGGGAUAUGUUUCCUUGGUGUUGAUGAGUGCAAACGACUAUGUCGCCACAUCUCCACAUAUACAUCUUCAUGGUGCGAGUCCUCUUUGAAUUCGAAGAUUAUAUCAAAUAAUGGACCUUUUUCUGGCACAGGCGUUAAGUGAAGAAUACCUAUUAUUGUUUUUUUUUUUUAAACUACCAUAACAGCCCACCUAUUCGUUCCUAAUGAAGUUGGGGUGCUGCUUAUAUGAUGCAUACAAUUAAGUUUUUCUUUUUACCUCCCAUGUAUCUCUUGUUCGUUCAUAUUUUUUAAGUUGUUUUUAUGCACUGGAUCACAACUGUGAAAAAAUGAUAAUGAAAUAUAAUCCUCUCAGAUUGAUCGA